GGAUGAACGGAUAUGUAGAACCGUCUUGUUGCUCCGUGCAUGUCGCAGUGAGCUCGAGUUAAUCUCUCCGUUGUCCUUCACCUGGUUGUGUAGGAAUAUUAGGACAAAACUGAGCCUCUGGUACCUGUUUCGAAGACAGCACCACAUAAAUACGUGAACAUGCACAUAUGCCACCUGUAUGUGUGACAUGGCCAAAUUUAAUUAUACGGUCAAAGCAACCACUACCACAGCAGUUUUCGGCAUUUCUUUCAUUAUGACGGGAUUCUUAGAGACCAGUGAGCCACACAGUAUAGUGCUCGCGAGUAGUUUGAAGGGCAUGAUUAUGAGCGUAGUGCGUCGAUGUUUCUCGUCCGGAGUUCUGUUACUCUCUUUGAAAAUGAGGGUGAAGGUUGGCAACCGCCACUCCAAAGGUACAUCGGAACCGUUCCAGGUAAUGCUAACUUUUGUAGUUAAGACAGCUAUCAUCGGCUCAGUGCCGUCUCCUAACAAUAUGUGACUGUCACCCCAGCGAAGUGCUAUGUUCCACUUGUGCAUUACCAGUUGCUCAUACUCCGUCCUUACACUGAAUAGCUGUGGGGUUGUGUUCAACAAUUGUUG